AUGCCAGAGAUUCGCAUACAACCUCGUGAUGUCUACGAGCAUUAUGUGUAUGUGGAGAGGAAGAAUACCACUUUGCAGUGGCGAUUCUCUACAAAGAAAAAGAAUAUAUCCUUCGGUUUAUUUUUUCGACCAGGGCCGCCCGUGACCCAUUUACAGAAUGCCGAACUUGAAUCGGUCGUAACCUCACAAGAAAAAAGACUCACAUUAUGCGAAGUUGACGGUCAGUUAUCUACGGUCUCUACUUGGCGGCGAUCCUCGAGCGACGACAAGCGAGAUUCAUCGCCUGUUUCGGAGUCCCUGCAGGAUCCACUCAGCGCCAAUGGUAUCCCUUCCCUUGAUACUCAGGCUGCCAUGCGAGAACGGCGGCGUAGUUCCACACCAAUAUCACCAACGCAUGCUAUUGCAGCAGUUGCAGCGGCAAGAAGGCGUAAAUCGGUGGCAUCCAUCAAUUUGCGAGACAAGGAUUUCGAAGAAAUUUUGCCUAUUGAGCAUGUGAAUUCGGCUUCCGAGGAAAUUGUCGGCAUAUAUACUGUGGGAGAACCUGGGAAUUAUGUACUGUUGUUUGACAAUACCUAUUCGAAAAAUACCUCAAAGAUAUUGUCAUUUACAGUAACAAGUGACGAGACCAUCAGAGAGGCAUUCAAACCAGGUGAACCCUGCGAUGUAUCUGGAUGGCUGUUGAAGAAACGUAGAAAACGUAUGCAAGGAUGGGCGAAACGUUGGUUUGAAUUAUCGCCGUCCGGUGUCUUGUCAUAUUCCAUGAGACCAAACGAUAUGAAACGUGGAUCCAUUCAAACCAUGCUAUCCACCAUUUCUAUUUAUCCUCGACAAAGAACGUUACAUGUGGAUUCCGGCGCUACUAUUUACCAUCUGAAAGCUUUAUCGGCAGAAAAUUUCGAUAUGUGGGUCACAGGUCUGCGCCAAUGUCGGACGAUGUCGUGUAAUCCAUCACCGGAUAUCGUAGUCGACGAAGCGUGGUUAAUGGCGGAAUCGUUAUCGGAUAAAAGCGAAAGAGCGCACGCUGACAAGACAAUUAUGAAAAGCUUGGAGAGUAUAGAUCAAGAACUCAAGCUAAUGCGUACUGCGGUGGCCGAGCUGAGGGUGCUGACAGAACUCAAACAAUGGGCAGCCACCAGUCCAUCGGGCGACCUUCAUCCAUCUACUGCAACUAUGAGCCCAGUAGGACCUUCAACCGUACCAAAGCGACGAUUUCCGUUUAAACGCAACGUCUCACAGCCAUGUGUGAUGCCCCCUUCAAAUAACACCUGCCUUGAAGCAGAGAAUGGCGAUAUCUCGUCGCAGACCAGUUUGAUGGACAUGCUUACGAAAUCAAUCGAAGUUAUUGCAAGAUCCCGGGACGAAUUGCUAGCAGGCUAUAUUUUACAACAGCGUAUCAAUUCUCAGCAUACAUGCAGUUAUGACAGCUCUGAAUGCAGUUAUCACAGCUAUACAAACAACUCCAAAUCCGAUUUCACGUUACACCCAUCCAGCAGCGCUUAUUCUUUUUGUGCGUCCCUGCAUUCUGAUUUAUUCUACGACGCGCAGGAUUUUAUCUUGAGCCAUGAUGACGACGAAGAUGCGGACGAAGAAGCAAUCAAUGUGCACGGAAGCAUCAUUGACACAGACGGCGAAGAUGACGAAGAUGGGUCAUUUGAUGAUCCAUUGCCAUCUAUGCAUUCAUUACAGCUUAUGUCCCUUUCAAAGGGACAGCAAGUGCAACGACGUACCCAUCUUCCUCAUCCUGUGGCAGGACACAGCGUUUCGGCGUUAUCGAUACUUCGUAAAAAUAUCGGCAAAGAUUUAUCCACCAUUGCCAUGCCUGUCAGUCUGAAUGAGCCACUCAACCUGUUACAACGACUAUGCGAAGAAUUGGAAUACUCGGAACUACUUGAUAAAGCGUCUAUGAUGGAGUCGUCCAUGGAUCAACUGGUGUACGUUGCUACAUUUGCCAUAUCGGGCUAUGCUUCCUCCCAGUACCGCUUGGGUCGCAAAUUCUGGAAUCCGCUCAUGUCAGAGACGUACGAGUGCAUACGGCCAGAUCGAGGCUUUCGAUUUAUUGCAGAAAAAGUAUGCCAUAAUCCAAACAUUAUAGCGUGUCAUGCAGAGUCCAAAAAUUUCAAGUUCUGGCAGACAUGUCAGGGCAAGACGAAAUUUUGGGGUAAAUCGAUGGAGUUAAUAUCGGAAGGUAUCAUCCACGUAUCCUUGGGAGGGAAUGACUUUAGUUACAACAAGCCGUCAAGUUGGAUGCGCAAUAUGAUUGCUGGCUCGAAAUACCUGGAACAUGUGGGCGAAAUGCGAGUCACCAAUCAUACAACUGGCGAGUAUGCAGUCGUCACCUUCAAAGAAUCUACUGGCGGCGGACUCUUUGGUGGACUACCUUCAAAUCGAGAUUGCGUUGUGGCUCAGUUCUUCGAUAGCCAGCAUAACAAAUUACGAGAGAUCACAGGAAAAUGGAGCGAAAGUUUAUCAGAAGUGAUUGACAAGGAUCAGUACAUCGUAUUAUGGAGAGCACAUCCACCGAGUUCAAGCAAUCAUCAAGAGUAUUAUGGGUUCACCCAGUUUGCCAUGGAAUUGAAUGAAAUAACAGAAAUCGAAAAAGACAUGAUUCCUGUAACGGACACACGUUAUCGGCCGGAUCAGCGUUUAUUUGAAAAUGGGGAAGUCACCAGAGCGGAUGAUGAAAAGUUACGGGUCGAGCAAUUGCAACGCGAUCGAAGAAAAGUGUUCGAGGCGGAAAGCAAGGCUUGGUUGCCAUUAUGGUUUGAACCUCAAAAUGAUCCUGCAGCAUCGUCUGGCGAAUCGUGGCAAUACAAAGGCGGAUAUUGGGAAGCUAGAAACAGUGGAGACUGGCCAAACGAAAUGCUGACUCUUUGGUAA